AUGGCAGGCCGAAGAAAGAAUCGAGGGCUCAAGAAGUUCGCCAGGAACGCUUACCUGCAGCAUCGCUCCUAUGGCAGGCCGAAGAAAGAAUCGAGGGCUCAAGAAGUUCGCCAGGAACCUCAACAGCAACAGCAGCAGCAACAGCAGCAGCAGCAGCAACAGCAGCAGCAGCAACAGCAGCAGCAGCAACAACAACAGCAGCAGCACCGGCAUCAGGAACAACAACAGAAGCAGCAACAGCAACACGGACGACAACAACAGAAACAGCAGCAACAGCAACAACUGCGUCAACAGCAGCUGCUGCAACAGCAACAAACAGCAGCAGCAGAAGCAGCAGCAACGACAGCAACAGCAGCAACAGCAGCAAACCACAGCAGCAGCAGAAGCAGCAGCAACGACAGCAACAGCAGCAACAGCAGCAAACAAGAGUUGCUGCUGUUGAAUAUAGAGUACGAAUCACCAGCAGCAGCAGCAGAAGUAGCAGCAGCACAAGCAAGAAUAAAAGCAGCAAAUGAUGCACUAGCAGCAGCAACAAGAAGACAAAAGCUGCUGCAGGCAGUGCAACGAAACAUAGGGGUGGGGCAGCAUAGAUACAGAAACGAAGCGAGAAGAGCAGAAGCAGCAGCAGCAGCAGCAGAAGCAGCAGCAGCAACAGCAACAGCAAAAGCAGAAGCAGAUGCAGCAAGAGAAGCAGGAAUAGCAGCUGUUUUUUCCAGGCUGCGUGUACACAGACUAGGAGCAGCAACAGCAGAAGAAGCAGCAGCAGCAGCAGAAGCAGCAGCAAUAGUACACUCAGAAGGAGAGGGAGAAGCAGCAGCAGAAGAGACAAGGGUAGCAGUAGCAGCAGCAGAAGCAGCAGCAGCAGAAGCAGCAGCAGCAGAAGCAGCAGCAGCAGCAGCAGCAGCAGCAGCAGCAGGAGCAGCAGCAGGACCCCAAGAGCGUGAGCAGAAGCAGCAGCAGCAGAAGCAGCAGCAGCAGCAGCAGCAGCAGCAGCAGCAGGAGCAGCAGCAGCAGGACCCCAAGAGCCUGCAGCAGCAGCUGCAGCUGCAGCAGCAGCAGCAGCAGCAGCAGCAGGAACAGCAGCAGCAACUGCAGCAGCAACAUUCAGUAGUGGGAACUGUUGCAGGCAUUGUUGCUUCCGCAUCAACAGCAGCAGCAACAGCAGCAACAGCAGCAACAACAACAGCAGCAGCAGCAGCAGCAACAGCAGCAAAAGCAGCAGCAGCAACAUUGUUGAUAGUAGCAGCAGCAGCAGCAGAUGCUGGGCUUGUAGAGGGCUCAGCAAAGGAGCUGCGGGCGACGGUGUUAUGGGGGCGGCAGCCGACGCUGCUGCUGUCGCUGCAGUUCCUCAACAUUGUGCUGCAGCACCACAGCAGCAGCAGCAGCAGCAGCAGCAGCAGCAGCAGCGGCAGCAGCGAGAACAACAGCAACACUCGUGAAGCAAACGCCGAGAGCAGCAGCAGCAGCAGCACGGCCUCUGUUGCUGCGGAGCCUUGCAGCAACAGCAGCAGCGGCUCCAAUACCUCCACUGCAGCAGCAGCAACAGCUGCUGCUGCUGCUGCUGCUGCAACUGCUGCUGCUCGAUCGCCCGGUACGCAGACCGCACCAGGGCUGCUGCCGUCUGAAGCAGCAGCAGCAGCAGCAGCAGCAAGUGCUGCUGCUGCUGCUACCCCCAGCUCAGAAACCGAUGCAGCAGCAGCAGCAGCAGCAGCAGCAGCGGCUGCGCCGGCCCCCUUGCGACGCAACAGCACUACCAGCACCACCGCCAACAACGACACCAGCAGCAGCAGCAGCAGCAGCAGCAGCAGCAGCACGGCUGUUGAGAGCUGGCAGUGGGGUUCUUCGCUGCUGCUGCCGUUGCUGCUGAGCAUCGAGCUGCAGCUGACGAACGCAAACAUAAAGCUGCUGCACGGCCCUCACUCUGUGUCUGUGGCUUUGUCUUCUCUUUUGAUUCGUUUGCCGCAGCAGCAGCAGCAACAGCAGCAGCAGCAGCAGCUGCUGCAGCAGCAGGGAUUGAUCCACAGAGAUAGCAGCAGCAGCAGACACCACUCACGCCACUUCUCAGAGCUGCUGCUGCAGCUGCAGCAGCAGCAGCACUCGCUGCAGAGAGAAUGCCUAUUGCGCGACCUGACGAUCUGCAUAGAUACUGAGCAGCAGCAGCAGCAGCAGCAGCAGCAACAGCAGCAGCAGCAGCAGCAAAGGAGCAGCAGUGAGCUCUCGAGCCGCACUGCUGGCCUGCAACCGGCAGGUGCUGCUGCAGAAGCAGAAACAGCAGCAGCAGCAGCAGCAGCAGCAGCAACUGACGCUGCAGCUGAAGCAGCAGCACCAGAGGGGACAAGCGAUGCAGAAGCAGCACCUGACAUAGCAGCAGCAGCAGCAGCAGCAGCAGCAGCAGACACAGCCGAAGAACUCGAAGCAGCGGCAGCAGCGGCAGCAGCAGCAGCAGCAGCAGUUUCCCCUUGCACUGAAGAACGCAAAACCUUAGACAUGGCAGCAGCAGCAGCAGCUGCUGCUGCUGCUGUUGCUGCAGGUGCUGCAGCAGGAACUGAAAAAGGGCAGCAGCAGCGGCAGCACAGCUACGAGCAGCCGUUGCUGCGUCGGUGGGCUUGCAGCAUUCGUUUUUCUUUUCCCCUGCAGCAGCAGCAGCAGCAGCAGCAACAGCAGCAGCAGCAGCAGACAGCAUCAACCCCCGAUAGGUUCUGCCUCGAUGCGCUGCUGCAGCCGCUGCACCUCCGCCAGCAGAUCCUGCAGCAAAGCUUCCUCCUCCAGGUCGUCUUCAGCUGA